GCUGUUUAAUUUUGAAUUUGGGGGGAGAAAUGUUUAGGGUUUUCUGUUUGUUUACAAUAUCCGUUACAAUUUAAAUUUGUAGCUUUUUAUAUAUCUCUUUCUUUCUAAAUAUAUUAAUCAAAGAACCGUGAAAUGAUACAAGGAGCUGAAUCAAGGGAAUCUGAGCUCGAAAAGCUUUUAUUGGACGAAAGGAAGAGAUGUAACGAGCAUAAACAGUAUUAUCAAACUUUAAAAGAAGAGCAUGGCAAAGUACGUGAUGAAUUAGCAUUAAUCUACGAACAACUAAAAGAAGUAACUUCUCAAAAUGAGAAACUCAAAGCAGCAAGUGAAGCUAAUGUGCGUAAAUUAGAAUCUAAAAUAAAGGAACAACAAAACGAAAUAAAUGCAUUGCUUAAAAAAUUAAAAGCAUAUGAUGAGAAGAAAAUUCAAACUGCAGUAUUUGAAGAAGCAACAGCACAUUAUGAAGCAAAAAUAAAAGAAUUGCAUGUUGAGGCUGAUAAAGUACGUGAACAGUACAACAAUUUGCAUUAUGAAAAUGCAAUUUUAAAGUGUAAAUUUGAAAGUCGGGAGGCUGAACAUUCUCGAACUAUUGAAAGAGUUAGUUUGCAACACCAGAAUGAGAUUGAACAGUUGCAGAAUAGAAUUGAAUCUCUAGAAAAGGAAAAAAUCCUUCCGUCGGACACCUAUGCUGUAGAGUUAAAAUCUUCCAAGCGAGAAGUAAUGCAAUUAAAUUCCAGAAUGAAGGCUCUACUUGCAGAAUGUGAAGAAUUACGAGCUGAGAAUGAAAACCUUAGUUUGCAACUAAACAGCAUAAAUAGAACUCACUCUAAAGAAAUAUCAAAUUAUUUAGCUAAUAUCAGAACUCUAGAGUCAGAAAAGCUAAAGGCAAUAAUGCAGAAAGAAAUCCUAGAAAAGGAACUUACAAAUUCUCAAGAACAUCGCAAAAUCUUAAAUAAUGAACUCAGUACUAGUAGGCGAGAGGUUCUUACUCUAAAGAACAAACUGGAAGAAUGUGAACAUAAAUGUCACAUGAUGAUGACAAAUCUUCAAAUAGAAAUGGAACAGUGGAAAAACUCUAAAGAAUCUGAACAUGAGCAAUUUAUGGAUGAAAUAUCAAGAUUGAAGUCAGAAUUACAGAAUCUGAAUGAUAAUUUAACAAAAGAACGUCAGUCUAUGAUUGCCAAAGAACAAGAUCUACAGCAAAGCUUAUCAGCUUUAAGGCAACAACUUUGGAAACAAUCAAGAGAAAUGAAUCAAGAGAAAGAGAAAUUUGAAAGAAAAAUUAGAGAUCUGGAGGCUGAGAGAGAUGAUCUGAUUUCUCAACUAAAGCAAGAAGUUGCAGCUUUGAAACAAAGAUUAAAUCUUUGUUCUACGUCUAAAGCAGAAUUGGAAAAAGAAGUUGUAUCUCUCAGAGAACAGUUGGAAGCCUCAAAACAUGUUGGAGACCAAGCAAAUGAAAUCCCUUCUCAUCAGGGAUUAAAUUAUGAAAAAGAAAUAAGAGAUUUGAAAGAAAGAAUUGAUUUAUUAUCUUCUGGCAACUUACAAAGUCUAGGAGAUACUUUUCACAAUACACGUACCAAAUCAGCUUCUAAAUCCGAUUAUGAAGUAAUGCAGCUAAAAUUAGAUUGGGAACAGCAAAAACUUCAAUUCCAGCAGCGUUUAGAAGAAUUAGAAUCUCAGUUAAGGGAGUCUAGAAGUGUUUCAGUGGCUGAAAAACGAGAACUUGAAUUUAAAUUGAAGCAAUACACAAAACAAAUUAAUAAAUUAAGAGAAAGGUUAGAAUUGCAGAAAAAAGAAAAUGAAGAGCUGGAACAUCAGAAAGAUACUUUAAAGAAAAACAUCCCUCCUGAAACUCAUUUACAAGUACAAAAUCAAUUAACAGAACUACAUAGAAAAUUGGAAAGAUAUCGACAACUAAUUGGCAUUGAUCCAAGUCCAUCCAUAAGAAAUAUACCAUCCACAUCAUUUUCUGACAAGUUGCUGACAGAUAUAAAAAAUAUUCAGUAUCAAACUUUACCUCAACAGGGUUUGGAUGGACAAACUGGCUUGCUUCAAAACACGAAAGAAAAUUCUACUGAGAAAGAACUUUCCAAGAAGAUAGUUCGACCUCGACGUAAAUCAUUAAAGAUGAGAGAAAAGGCACAACAGUCCAAAAUAUCUAGUCCCAUUAUUAGUUCAAGUAGUGACUUGGAUCUUCACAAUUUAUGACACAGAAUUUAAUCAAGAUAUAUGUGUAUUAAGAUCAAAUUUUUAUGUGUUUUAAUCAGUGUAUUAAUUUGAAUGAUGAA